AUGUCCUGCCGCAACGCAAUCAACGGUGUUACCACCACUGUCGUCCCGCCCGGCUCUACCUAUGCUGGCAAUAUAAACAAUACGCUCUUCCCCGAACCGGUCGGCAUGACUGCGACGACGGCCUUGCUCCGGUCUGUAACGGCGUCUAUUACUGCCUCUUAG